GGAAAACUCAACCACCUCAAGACAACGAAGUCGCAUAACAAAAGCUAUUAAGCAAAGUUACCAAUUAGAACAUAUCAAACUUCGUCGAGAUAAUGCCUUCGGCCGUCGCUGAGCUGUAAAUACCCACUGAGGGACACGUUUGGCCAUCCCACCCGUGUCCCUCAGUCCAACAGUUCACCGAGAUAUUCAAUCCAAAUUCGACAAUCGACGAAGUUAUACAGGCCUUCACUGUCUUGUGUGCCCUUUACCGUCUAAAGGGGUCCACUGCUCAUCAGAAGCCUGAAUACCCAUUAGAACUACUACACAUUUAGCCCAUUGAUUGCGGGCAUUCCCAAUUUCCAUCUGUUCACGACGACGAGAUUUUCUCAUCUUCAUCCCUUACCAAUUAUCACAUACCCCGUCCUACACGCUAUUGCGACAACAUACCCUGGGUUACAUACUCAAAACGGAGACAGCUUCGACCCGAUCAUACGGCUUAAGAUUCUAUAUUUCCGAAGGACCACAAUUGUAUCGGUGAUCCUCGAAUAUUAGUCGGGCUUCACCGCCGUUUGCCUCGAUCCCCUCAACCCCGAGUCCGGGGGUGGAUCCCUUGUUAAUCCCUGCACACCUCACAUAUCCCAUACAAAUAGCACGUACAUAUCACCAUGUCACGGAACGUGCGUCAACAACGACCACCGACUACCCCGGUCAAGGUCGCCAAGCGUCGGGGCUCGGAUGGUUCAUCGUCGCUUGACCUAUCCGACGAGAGCGGCUAUUCUGGGGUAGAAGACAUCAGCGAUUCCGAAGACGACGAUGAGGAGGAUGUAGUAGCGGCCGAGGAGGAGCAUAUUCUCUCCGAUGAACUGCAACAUACCAUUCGCAGUUCUAUCUCUCCUCGGCCGCAUAUUGAAGAGAAUGAACAGGAUGAUGAUGACGAAGAGGACGAUAACGAUGAUGACAACGAUGAUGAAGAAGAUCACUAUGAAGGUGAUGACGACGACGUGGACGAGAAUGCUAGUUGGGACGGUAUUUCGUCUGACGUUGAUGCGGAUGAUGACUUGACUAUCGAUCAGGGAUAUACUAGCACAGAACGUCGUGUUCGCUUUGAUAUCCCUGACGAUUCAUCGGAUGGGGACUCGACUGAAACUGAUGAGGAUGUAGACCAUGGUUUCUUCCCAGAUCUCUUCGUUGACAAGAGUAUCCUCGACCCAUCUUUCCGUCGAGAGAUCGAGCAUGACCCGGACCCCUAUGAUUCAUCAAACUCGGAAGCAUUCUGGGACCAUUACGGCAACGAUACAGACUGGAUGGCAAACGGUAUCGAGGGCGGAACCUCGGAUUAUGAGGCUUUCCUUAGAGCCAUAGAAGAAGACGAUAGCACACCAAUUGCUACACCUAUGACAAGCAACGAUCUGUCGACUGCUAUGAACACCCCGGUCGAUUCGUCCGAGAAUGACGAAGUCUCCCUUGACGGAUAUCAAACCGAUGGGGAUACUACCGAUGAAGAAGACCCACCUGAGAAACCUGUUCGACGUAAGACUCGACGGGAAACCGUGGACGAUUCCUCUGAUUCAGAUGUCGUGACACUUAUCCGGCCUCGCCGUGGCCAGCCCCGUGUCGGUCGGUUCGACCUCGACAAAUCUAGCAAGAAGCCAAUCGCGAUUCUGAAUCCGAGAACCGGCAAGAUGAUGAUCUUCACACAUCAGUGUAUGAAAGGCAGAGGCUUUGACCUCUCUCCCGAGCAGUUCAACUUUCAGUAUUUUGAACAGACCCAAUCUUCCCCUAUCCUCAGUAAUCCCGGUAGUAUCAUGAUGAGCGGUAUGAUAUCUUCCAGCACAUACGGGGACUUUAUGAAUACCCAUGCCGUCGGUCCUGCCGAAGCCUGGUAUGCCCAGGCAUCCGACGGCAAUCUGGUUGAGACCUCUGAUUCCGACGGCCAAGUUGUUGACGAAGCGGAGAAGAGUCUCAAGUUAGAAGAUUUUAUCACCUUAGACGACGACGAUGACGAUGAAGACUCGUCAGAAGCAGAGAAGGUGCUCGAGCAUGAUGAAGCGGAUGACCAAUUAUUCUACACACCGGGUCGCACUCCCGGUCGUCCCAGCACCGCGAACAGUGAUGUGACGUCCCUUCUCGAUCAUUUCAAUCACAACGCCAAUAUUGUCGGCGCAUUUCGCCGAGACCAAGUGAAUCAUCAGUUGAUCAGCCGUAGCAAAGCUACACGAGAAUCACUUGCGUUCUCCGGCCCCUACUUCGAAGGCACUCUUCGGGGCAUCAAGGAUGGGCGCAUAGCUACUACAAAUGUCCCCAUUUCUCCUAUGCGAAAACAGAAGAUGCCCGAGCUUGCUAGUAGCCCACUUGCGACUUUGUCGCAGAAGAGAAAAUCAUCGUCGGAGCACCAUUUGGGUCAUAAGCGGCAAAGGAGCAUUCCGGACGUGGAUAUCCUCAGAAUCUAACCCUUUGCACGUCUACCCCUCGCCCGACCCCUUACUAAAGACGCCGAUGGACGGUGUGGCCUAUUUUCAUAGACCAUUUCCUGGCCAUUAAACCACACUAUACAGUACAAGACUCAACCUAUUUCAUAUUACAGCUCGUGUUGUGACUCCCUUUUCCUUAACUAAAUACCUAUCCCCAUGCACUUAUCGGACGGAUCUUGGACGUUUUCUCGCCUCUUAAUUAGCGGUUCAACAAGACAGACGUGGCCAGACCCACCCACGAUCAUGCUCCUCGAAGAUCUGAUAGAAAUUUCAGUUUCUUGAUGGGACCAGAACAACCAGGCAAUUCGAAAACCGACAGCUGGGAUUUUGUCAUCAAUUUCCUUCAAUCUCCUUUCUGGUAGCAACCGAAUAGAUAAGUUGGUAUGCCCGAUACCAACUCCUGUCACCUUCAAACAGCAAUGGACGGAAUUGGAGCAUGAUGUCCGGCUGUGGAAAACUGAUGAUCAGGAUAUUCGCAAGGCACUAACCCUGUUUGUACCCAUACCGAAAUGUAUGAGUAUAUUCACGUAACUUCGUCUCUCUUAAGACGGGAGAUGAUGCCAUGCAGUCAUGUAAUUUCAUAACAAACUCAAUAAAAAGCUUUCCCUCAA